AUGGCCCGCCGUCCCGCGAGAUGCUACCGCUACUGCAAGAACAAGCCCUACCCCAAGUCCCGGUUCAACCGUGGUGUUCCCGACCCUAAGAUUCGUAUCUUCGAUCUUGGUCGUAAGAAGGCUUCCGUUGACGACUUCCCCAACUGCGUCCACCUGGUCUCCAACGAGUACGAGCAGCUGUCCUCCGAGGCUCUCGAGGCUGCCCGUAUUUGCGCCAACAAGUACCUCGUCAAGAUCGCCGGUAAGGAAGGUUUCCACCUCCGUGUCCGCGUGCACCCCUUCCACGUCGUCCGUAUCAACAAGAUGUUGUCGUGCGCUGGUGCCGAUCGUCUGCAGACUGGUAUGCGUGGUGCCUUCGGUAAGCCCCAGGGUACCGUCGCCCGUGUGAACAUCGGCCAGAUCAUCCUGUCUGUCCGCACCCGUGACGCCCACCGCGCCACCGCCAUCGAGGCCCUCCGUCGCUCGAUGUACAAGUUCCCCGGCCGCCAAAAGAUCAUCGUCUCCAAGAAGUGGGGUUUCACCCCCGUCCGCCGCGAGGAGUACAUCAAGCUCCGCCAGGAGGGCAAGCUCAAGCAGGAUGGUGCCUACGUCCAGUUCCUGACUGGCCACGGUCUGAUUGAGCAGAACAUGCGCCGCUUCCCCGAGGCCUACGAGAACCUGUCUCAGGCUUAA